AUCAUCUAUUCAUUAAAUGCAUAUUCUUAGCAUAGAAAUACUUUUAGGCUUCACUUUGUGGUAUGCUGAUGUUUAAAAGUUCAAACAUUUGACUACGUGAUAAUGUCUUUUGAAAGGCGAGCCACAGAGUGAACUGUAGAGUGAGCUUUAACCAAAAUAAAGUGUGGGUUGUCUUCUUAAAUGAAUGCUCCUCCCAGUCUUUAUCCAGAGAACCUUCUGUAUAAAUAAUUCUCAGCUGAAUAGAUGUUGAGCAGUUCAGACUGACAUCAGAUGCUUUACUUUCCUGUUCAGGGCAUCAAACAUCAUCAGGAUGGGUUUUCCAGGAGGUGAACACUACGCCACGAAGGAGAUUCAGGAGAUCUGUGAUCAGGUAAAGACAAAAGUGGAGGAAAUGACUGGCAGGAAUUUGGAAGAAUUUAAAGCGUUUGUCUACAGGGAACUCAAGAUUUCAGUUUCCACUACAUACCAAGUCAAGGUUUAUGUGGGUGGGACUGAAUAUUUCCAUGUGCUGAUCCACCAAACUGCUUCUGAGACAGGAGAGGUCAAGAUAACAGUGGAGCACGUCGAACAGCAUCACGAAAAAGAUGAUGUUAUCAUACCCGUUGACUAAAUAUAAAAUGUAACCUGCUUAACCUCUCUCCAGAUUUCUACUUUACAGCUGAGCUACUUUGUUUUGAUGCCCUUUCAAAGUUUUCACAGUUUUGCUCAUUUGCAUGUGUUGGGGUUGACGGGCUGCGUUGAUCUUAUCAAACUUUGGACUUAUGAUGAAACGGGAGUGAGAAAAAUUGGGUUAAAAAUAAUCAAAAUAAAUUAAAUCAUUGUUUUGAAGCUCUUCAGCAAACUGUUAUCUGUAAACCUGAAAAAAAAAAAGAAUUGCAGGUUCAGGUUUGUUUUACAUUUUAAAAAAAGUAACCACGUUUAAAUAAAUAUUUCAAAUCUCAUCAAAUUCUUCUGUUUUUAUUUUACAUGCCAGUCCAUUAGGAAGUAACUUAAAUUCCCCGUGUGGCUCUUCAAACAGACGAUGCUGCAAAACAUCCUUAUAAAAUAAUUCCAACAGUGGUGGUUCUUGCCAAUCUGGUACUCUGAAAGACCCCCUCCUU